AACUGCCUGCAUAUUCUGUACGAGCAACGGGCCUUCUCGUUAACCUCACAAUGAGUACUUCGUCUGGACCUCGCUCCCUUGAGUGCCCUUCUGGGCACAAACUUGCAGUUGUCUUGUUUAUGAUCGCCGCACUUAAUGCAGCUCCUGCUCUCAGCCUGUUCUUUCCUCCAUUUAAUAAUAGAAACCCUGCGUGUCCCACUGCAUUCUGGAAUUUCGGAGACUCGCUGACGGACACCGGGGGCGUACUGAACGUCUUCGCUUUGUCCUUGGACCCCGAGCGCAGCCCCUAUGGAGAUUCGUUCUUCGGGCGGCCAGCUAAACGUUUCUCCAAUGGACGUGUCGUGCCGGACUUCUUCUCUCUGGCGUUCGAAUAUCCGCUUCUGCAACCAUAUCUCCAGGCUGGUGCAUUCGAUUACAACUAUGGAGCAAACUUCGCAUCCGCCGGAACAACUGCUUCCAACGACACUUCGAGGAACUCUAUCUUCCUGAAGUUUCAAGUUACCGAAUAUGUCAGACUCAAGCAGAGUGCAAUUUCUCAGAAGAGCCAAUUUACGUGCCUGCCGUUCAGGCAAUUUCUGCCUCUAGAUGAUUCCUACGACGAAGGAUUGUACACCUUUGAAAUUGGAGGAAACGACAUUCUCAAUGCCAUCUUACUCAAAAACCAGACAGCAGCGCAAGUCAUAACUCAAGUGAUCCCUGAGGCCAUGAUAAACAUCCUCGACAGUAUCAAGAUCUUAACUUCGAAUGGUGCCAAAAAGUUUCUCUUCUUCAACGCUCCUAAUGCAGGCUGCAGCACCAUAGCUAUCACUGUUCUGGGAUCCAUUCCUGGGAUACAGAAGGACGCCAUGGGCUGUAUUGUGUUAAUCAAUCAGCUGGAUCAAGCCUACAACAGCGCUCUUAAUGAUACAAUUGCGUCUGCUCGACUUUUAUAUCCUGGCAGAACAUUCUCCAUCUUCAAUUACUACGCUGCCAACUUGGAAAUUUUGACAAAUCCAUCUCUUUACGGAUUCAACCCAGCUUUGACUAUGCGUGCGUGCUGCGGAGCGCCUGGAUUUGGAACCCUGAACUACAACCCGGCCGUCAAUUGUGGUAAUGCAGGGUCCAACAAGUGUGCAAACCCGGACGAGUAUGUCAACUGGGAUGGUGUACAUUUUACCGAAGCGUUUUACAGGCAAAUCGCCUUAUGGGCCCUCGCUGGAAAAUUUACUGAUAACCCGGUCAACUACACAUCUCUUUGCAACUUAGAAUUCCAGAACUUUGCAAGGUCUGCCACGUACAACUCUGUGUAUCCCCUGAGUUGCAGGGUUACUUUCGCGUGAUUGACUUUCACACUUCCCGUUUUACAAUUUUAAGUGCGGACAGACAGAAAUCUAGAUUUCACAACAGGUAAUAAGGGAAUAUCAUGCCGUUCGAGAACGCUUCAUCGACUGAAGCUCCGUACACUGUGAUCAUGAUACUUCAUCUGAGUUUUCCCUCUCUUUCUCCUUGUACAUGUUUUACACUCUCUUGAAUCCCGUCUAAUAAAUUGGCAUAUUUU